AUGUCGAACAGCACGUCCGUCGUCGCGGGUACCGUCAUCGUCGAAAUCGUCGACGACGGGAGCUCCUUCCGCGGCGGCGGCGGCGGGCAAAAUAAUAACAGUAAUACACACGCGAAUACCACUAACGACGAACGUAAUUAUGAGAAAAGAGAAACGAGAGUGCGAAGAUCUUCAUCUGGACCUUCUUCAACGUCUCUCCCGACGACGACGAAUAAUAACAACGCUCAAACGCGAAGAGCGACGCGAGUGGUCCAAAACGCCACCGUGUUCGUGAACGAAACCGUGGAGCAGUUCUUGGAGAGGUGCUUGGAUCGACGGAAGAGUCGCGACAAGGAAGAUCUCAUCAAUGCGACGACGAAAACGACGAUUUCUUCGACGUUUGGAACGGGCGGUGGGAAAAGAAAUGUGUCCGUCCCGCAGCUCUUUUGGUCGAGUUGCCCUUUGAGCGUGCACGAACGCUUGGAUAAGUUGGAGAGCACGAAGCCGUGGCAGUUGAAUUUGAAGAAAGGCGAUUCGAGAUUGACUCUGAGGGUCAAAGACUUCCAGGAGUGGACGGUGAGCGUGAAGAGGAUGACGAGCGCGAAAAACCCGCUCGUCGUUCCUCGAGCGGAAGAAAAAGAAAAAGAAAAAGGAGGAGACACAGGUGGGGUGGAAGAAGAGAACGCGGGGGAAGAAAAAUUAGUUGUUUCUUCUUUGAAAAAAGAAGACGCGAACACAAAGAAGAAGAAGAAGAAGAAGAAGUCAAAGAAGAGCGAGGAAAAGGAGGAAGAUGUGGUGAUGGUGGGGGAAGAAGAGAUCGCCGCCGAGAACGUCGUCAAAGAAGAAGACAAAGAAGAAGAAAAGAGGAGGGAAAUGCAACAACAACAAGAACAACAAGAACAAAAUCAGGGUCAGGUUGCCCUUCCUCACGAGGAGGCUCAAAAAAGAAUAGGAGGAAACGGCUCUUUUGUUUUAAAUAAAGAAGAAGAAGAGAAAGGGCAGAAAAACAAAAAGAGCGACGGAGAAAACGACGAGGAGGACAAAAACAAAGAAGAGAAAGAAGAAGAAGAAGACGAGAAGACGAGAAGUGCUUUGACGACGACGGCGAUACACGAGAAGAAAGAGCCGGAAAGUGGAGAAAAACGACCCCGAGCAGCAGCAGAAGAUGAAGGUGAUGAUGAAGAAGCGCGAGCGCGAGAGCGCCUUCUCGGCAACGCGGAAGAUGACAAGGCGAAGGACAAAAACGACGAUGAGGAUGACGAUGAAAACUUGAACGAAAUGCAAAAGCUUCAGAAAGAUGCGAUGGCUGUGUACAAUGCGAGAGUGGGUAAACGCGGGGGGGAGACGAAACUCACCUCGUUGCUUGAGGCGCAAGAACGGGAAGAGUUGAGCCGGAAGUAUCGCGAAACUAUCGAGAACGUUUUGAAGAGCUGCAAAGGGAGAAAGAAGACCGUCGAAGAACAUGCCAAUACCGAUCGACCACCUGCUAGAAUGAACGCAAAGAAGAGCAGCGGUGAUCAAUCCGUCUACAAUAAUAAUAAUAAUAAUAAUAAUAAAAAUUACUUCAAUUACGGAGCGACGAAAAGUCCGGCAGGACAGCUGGAACACUAUCAAACGAUUUUGAAGGCGACGCAGCUUCUGGUUCAAAAAGAGCGGCAAAAAGCGUUAGUUAUGAAGAUAUUGCAACACGCGCCGAGAAUUCCGGACACGCCGUCAGACUUUGAGGCUCUCAUCAGCGGCAAAGAUGCGUGUCUGAAGUAUAAGCCUCCUCCUGUUCCGGAAUUCGUUCCUCCUCCACCUCCGGCGGAUGCCCGAGAGCAUAAGCAUCCAUAUAGUAACGACGAUCGAGGAACGAAGCGCAUGCGUAACAUCAACGAUCUGAACGAUUCGCUCCCAACGAUGUUUUCGUACGAUAAUAAGAGAGCAAAGUCGAACGCUGACAGUAGAUCCAGGUCGGCAGCGAAGAAGCGCGCCGCCUUGCAGUCGCCGGAGCAGCUCGCGAAAAAGCAAGAUUUCCAGCGAAGACAACAGCAAUAUUUCCAACUCCAGCAGCAGCAGCUUCACCAGCAACCGAAAAAGUUACACGCAUCGACGAGAGCAUACAAAGAGAGACGCCCAGCGGAUAAGAUCAGCCCAGAAUUUGAGAAAGCGCUCAUGAAGAAGAAACAGGAAACUCAAGCGAUGCACAGUGACAUUGGGGCUAUGGAUGGUUUGUUGAAGCUCGCGCAUGCGGCGAAUGUGAGUAACGACACACAGCGGUUGCAGCAACAAGACUGGGCGCGAGCGAACGCGAUGCUCAAAGAGGAGUUGAAGCGCGCGAAAAAGGCUGAAGAAGACCGUCUUCAACUUCAAAUAUUACAAGAAGAGCGAGAGAGGGAAAAACGACAAACCGUAUCGAUGUCGUCGAAUGACGGUUCAAUGCAGAUCAACGAGGACGGCAUGCACGAAAACUCGGCUCGCGCCUAUUCAGAAGCCCUCGAGCAAGCGCGCGAAAAUCCCGGGGCUUUUCUUAGAAGGAAAGAAGAAGAGGUGAAGCCGAAAAAGACGAAAAGGCCAACGCCUCCGGCGCUGUACGUGCAAAAGUUGCUCGAGAUGCAAAUGCAGCAAAAGCUCGCCAAGUUACGAAACAAUAACCACGUGCAAGCGGUGAAAGAUGGCGCCACACGUGCGAACGCCGAUAUGAUGGCCGUAGCAGCGUCAAUUCCGAGUCCAAAUUACUUCGGUAUCGAUGCGGCGCCGGUUGUGAAGCUACCUCCUCCUCCUGUUAUUCAUACGCUCCCUACGAACGUCGGCAAUCCGAACCUGAGCGCGCUCGACGAACAACAACGCAUUGAAAUGUUGGUGCAAGCUCGCGUUCAACAAGAACUUAUGCAACAUCGCGCGGGUCUUCCAUCUAUCAUUACGCAAGUUCAGCAACAGUUACCGCCGCAGCAGAUGCCGGAGCAGUCCCAGCGAGCGAUUCUUCAACCGCAACCGCAACCACACGCGCUACAAACGACGAUGCGGUCGUUCGACACGGCUCAACAAAAUAUUCUGCAAGCAGGCUUUCAAAAUGAUUUACCUCAAAGCGAUGGUUACAGUAAGCAGUUGGAAAACGUUUCGAAAAAUCUCGGGGCGCCGAAGCAGGUGGCGUAUACCAAAGCCGUGUCAGAGCUCGCCGAUGUGAAUGUCAAACGCGCGCGCGAGUUGGGGAUCAAAGAUGAUAGUUCUGACGAAAUACCAGGUUCUGAUGUGCGUAUCAAUAACAUCGAUAGCAAUGUUCUCCCCUCUGACGCUCCAAAGAAGACAGUCGUCGAUAUGGAAAUGGUAAUGAAAGCGAUCAAACGCCAUGCGGCGCAAGACGGAGUUUUCAAGCAGCUCAGAUCUAUCUACGACAAGAACGUCGCGGAAUUUUUGCGCGUGAAGAAUGGCGGCGUACCAGCGGUGACAUCGACGGAGAAGGAUAGUAGUGUCCCUCCACCGGUGCCGAUCACCCCGGCUUGGACAAAGACGAUGAUGGAAGCCGAACGCGCUCAACAGCAGCAAACUGAAAUGUUGAUAAACUUGAUUAAAGUGCAAAUGAAAGCUGCGGAGGAGGCGCCGAACGAAGGAGACUCUGUGGAAGCGUUGAGUAGAAUGUUGAACGCGUUGAACCAACGUCAGCAACAACCGCCUUUGAUUAACCCGUUCGAAGGCAUGACGGAAGAAGAAAUAGAGGAAGAAGAAAAACAGGCGGUGAGGGAGGUACCGCCGAAGACGACGAAGACAGCACCCGUUGCGCCGAGAGUACCAGCCCAACCACUGAUACAAAGGCCAACCAUUGUUGCAAAAACCGUUGAAGCGAAGACGAUAGAGGGAGACGAAGAAGCGACGACCCCUCCGAUUCAAGAGCCAACGCAAACGGUCGAAGAGCGUCCGUUCUCGGACGCGGAAAACGAAAAGGAGAAGAGAGACUGA